AACACGCCUUCCUCACUAACAUGUGAGGUGAUUUAAACUUUGAAGUUCCAUUCACUCAGCUUUGAAAAUGGAACUGGGAAACCUGAGCUAUGUCGACUCAAACGUUUCGCGGCAAAAUUCUUCGAGCACAGCGAAACCUGGUGGUUGUUCUCAUGGUAUCGUUCUUGGGUGGCAUCGCUUACGGCUUACUUUCCAUUUUGAGAAACUCUGCAGUGCUCAUUGACUCAAAAUCGGCCUGCCUCAGAGAUGCAUUUUCAGACAUCGUGUUGGUAAUUGUUUACAACUAUCCUUUCUACUCAAGUAUUCCAGUGCUCACUGCCUUAUACAAGCAUGCAUUUCCCACGAUAAUGUUUUGCGGACCGCGAAAGACUAAGGACUACACUGUGGAGGCUUUGUACAUUAACAAAGGAUACUUCUCCUACACGUGCAUGUCACGUGCCAUGGAGAAACAUCCGGGGUAUACAGGAUAUUUACUUAUCAACGAUGACGUUUUAUUGAACUAUUGGAACUUCGUUGGUAUGGACCGGGACAAAAUCUGGGAAGGGCCGAAGGGAACGAUACUACUUUUUAACUACACUCAGCCUGCAAAUUGGUAUUGGUGGAAUUCCACAUGGGGAAUGAAAACCUGUCAAAAAUCUUAUGAUGAAAUCCGGGGUUUGGGCAAGUCCUUGAAAAAUGAAUGGUUGCCAACUAUGAUUGAUGAUAAUCACAACGACGCACUGAAUGCAAAUGCUCCUCCCUGGAGCCCGAUAUGGGACAUGGAGGGGUCGAUAGAACUUUUGAAACAGAAUGGAAAUGGAACGUUAAACUGCUACCGCGGUCGCUCAGACAUAUUUUACAUACCCGGUAAAUUUUCGGAAGCGUUUCAAACACUCUCCUAUAUUUUCUACAAGCACCGUUCAUUCUUAGAAAUUGCAGUUCCUACCAUGUGUCGUAUGCUUGACAAGGUGGAGAAUUUUAAGUUUAUCCCUGGGAUUUACCUGCCUGGAAAAGCAGGGGAACCCUUGGUUAGAAAGGCUGAGCACUUCUGGAAAUCGUACGACGAGAACUUGGCGUUCAUUCAUCCUUUGAAACUUAACUAUGAGCUUGAUGGAAUUCUAAACAUGGCUUUACUGAGAAACAGGAUGUUGAAGUAUAGUGACAGCAUUAGUAAAUGCUAAAGAAAACUGAUGUUAAGGUUCUUCCAAAGCAAUUGCGCACACGAAAUCCAAUGACCGAUAAAAGGAUCGCUAAAAUACUUUUCAGAAGACGGAUACUGAGGAGUAGGUGCCAGCAACGAGCAAUGAUGAUGAUGAAAAUACUUUUAUUUGAAGAUUUUGAGAUAGCAGAAUAGCACUAGGUAUUUACUUGCAUUUAUUUUGAACGGUAUAUCUUAACUACAAUACAUAUUUACAAUGAUAAUGCAACACUAUAAUAAAACAAUUUUACCCAAGGACGUACAAUUAAAGAAAAGUGUCGCGCAGUCCCCGAGCAGAAAAUUGUCUUUCAAGUAAAAGUGAAGGCGUAUAUACAUAAAUAAGGUCGAUUUAAGAUCAUUUAAAAAUUAUACGUUUGCUUUCAUCUUUUUAAAACCUUCUAAAAAUUGACGAAAGAUUCUUUUUAGAAGAAUUUGAAACUCUAAGAAUAUUAGAUUAAAAUAUAUCUUCAUAUUGAUCAUUCAUUUA